AUGCUUCGGGCUGUGGGUGCCUUCUGCCGGGGCCCCGGCACUUUUGGCCGUCUACUCAAUAACUACGGCAUAUUACCUAAUAAAAGCAAUUUGCACUCUGCAUCAUUUUCGUUUCGCAGCCGUUUGUGGCCACUUAAUGUUCCCACUCGAAACUCUAGUGGCGGCGGUGCCACAAUGCGCAUCAAGCAGACUGGAUUCCAUAAUGGGAAAGUGUAUGAUGAAAUGCAUUUCUUCAUAAUGUUGGGGGUAGUGCCUUUAGGGCUGUUAACGUUCCUUACGAACACCUUCAUUGGUCAAGCAGAGCUUGUGGAGACUCCUGAGGAUUAUGAGCCAAGGUACUGGGAGUAUUACAAGCAUCCCAUCACGAGGUUCAUUGCCAAAAAUUUGAUGUUCAGCCCCCAACAAGUUUACGAAAAUCACCUUGCCAUCACAAAGCGCCACAUGGAUGCAAAGAACCUCGCCAUCGAAGACCGCUGGUUCCAGGAAUCUGAAUUGGCCAAACAAGACUAUCGCGGUUGGCAGUUCAUCCCCGUCAAUCCUGCUGGUGUUCUCCGCGCACACAAAGACGAGUUGCUGCACGAAGAGAUGGGACAUUGGUUUUCACGUUAA